CCAAACUCUUCUCAGUUUCAACCCAAUACUACAUAGUUUUGUUCCUACAAGCUCAUUUCUUAUACUUGGUUUUAUUUCUUUAGAUACCCAACAAGAUGAGCCCAAUGGCAGCCCAAAUGACCCAAGACGAGGCCUGUGCCCAAAUGACCCAAGACGAGGCCUGUUCUUACGCCAUGGCAGCAAUGGCAAGUGGGUCGGUUCCAUUCAUGGUUCUUAGAGGAAUAGUUGAGCUUGAUGUGUUUGAAAUCAUCAAAAGAGCAGGACCAGGUGCUUACUUAUCCCCAUAUGAGAUUGCGGCCCGAUUACCCACCAAGAACCCGGAUGCUGCAUCUAUGUUGGAUCGGAUGCUCCAGGUUCUGGCGAGCUAUUCUGUUUUUAGUUGUGAGAUUAAGACUCAUUUGGAUGGUCGGGUGGAUAGGGUUUAUGGGCUUGCCCCGGUUUGUAAGUACUUUACUAAGAAUGAAGAUGGUGUUAGUUUUAGUGCUCUUGCUUUGAUGCACCAAGAUAGAGUUUUCAUGGAGAGUUGGUACUAUUUGAAGGAUGCUGUUCUUGAUGGAGGCAUUGCAUUUAACAAAGCUCAUGGCAAGGCUGUAUUUGAGUAUAUUGGAACAGAUCCAAGAUUCAACAAAGUUUUCAACAAUGCAAUGUCAAACCACUCUACCAUUAUUAUGAAAAGAAUCCUUGAAACAUACAAAGGAUUUGAGGGAUUAUCAACUUUGGUUGAUGUUGGAGGUGGCACUGGUGCAAUUCUUAAUAUGAUUAUCUCUAAAUAUCCUAAAAUUAAAGGCAUCAAUUUUGAUUUGCCUCAUGUUAUUGCUGAUGCACCUGAAUAUGAUGGAGUGGAGCACGUUGGAGGAGAUAUGUUUGUAAGUGUACCCAAGGGAGAUGCUAUAUUUAUGAAGUGGAUAUGCCAUAGUUGGACUGACGAGUGCUGUCUAAAGUUCUUAAAGACUUGCAAUGCUGCCUUACCUGAUCAUGGUAAAGUUAUUGUGUGCGAAUUCAUACUACCAGUUGCACCUGAAACUACCCAUUCAGCCAGGACACAAUUUAUCCUUGAUGCUAUUAUGUUAGCACACUGUGCUGGUGGGAAAGAAAGGACUCAACCCGAGUAUGAAAGAUUAGCCAAAGAAGCCGGUUUUAAAGGGUUUAGAAUAGCUUGUUCAGCUUAUGACAUUAAAAUCAUAGAAUUUUUGAAAAUGGAUGAAGUUAGCUCAGUCACAACCCAAUUGCCUGAAGAUGAGUUGUGUUCAUAUGCUAUGACAAUUGCAGCCGGGUCGAUCCCACCCAUGGUUCUUAGAGCAGUUGUUGAAUUGGAUGUUCUUGAGAUCAUUAAAAAGGCUGGGGUAGGUGCAUCUUUAUCUCCUGAAGAGAUUGCUGCUCAAUUGCCUACCAAGAACCCGGAAGCUGCUAGCAUGUUGGAUAGGAUGCUUCGACUUUUGGCUAGCUAUUGUGUACUGUCUUACUCUCUUCAGACCCUGCCUGAUGGUCGGGUUCAAAGGUUGUAUGGACUUGCCCCGGUUUGCAAGUUCUUAACCAAGAAUGAUGAUGGUGUUAGUUUAGGUGCUCUUUCUCUUACAAUUCAAGAUAAGAUUCUUAUGAAGAGCUGGUACUACUUGAAAGAUGCAGUUCUUGUUGGAGGUAUUCCUUUUAACAAAGCCUAUGGAAAAGCUGUAUUUGAAUACAUUGGAACAGAUCCAAGAUUCAAUAACAUUUUCAACAACGGAAUGUCAAACCACUCUACCAUUAUUAUGAAAAGAAUGCUCAAAACCUACAAAGGAUUUAAAGGUGUUUCUACCUUGGUUGAUGUUGGAGGUGGAACUGGUGCUACUCUUAACAUGAUUAUAUCGAAACACCCUAAAAUCAAAGGCAUCAAUUUCGAUUUGCCUCAUGUUACUGAUGUCGCACCCACAUAUACCGGAGUCGAGCACAUUGGAGGAGAUAUGUUUGUAAGCGUACCAAAAGGAGAUGCUAUGUUCAUGAAGUGGAUAUGCCAUAGUUGGACUGACGAGCAAUGCCUAAAGUUCUUGAAGAAUUGCUACGCAUCCUUACCAGAAGACGGCAAAGUGAUAGUGUGCGAGUACAUACUUCCAACUGCACCCGAGACUAGCUAUGGAGCCAGAGCAAUCUUCCAAUGUGAUGCCCUCAUGUUGGCUCACAACACUGGUGGGAAGGAAAGGACUAAGCGAGAAUACGAGGGUUUAGCUAAAGGAGCUGGAUUCAAAGGUUUUACUGUUGCAUGUGUUGCUUAUGAUACUAAGAUCAUGGAAUUUUUGAAAUAGAAUGCUAAUCGAGCACACAAUAUUUUUUUAAGUUUUGUUUUUGGGAGGGAUUAGACAAUUGAACUUUUUUUUCAUUUAGUUACCCAUUAUUUUAUCAACGUAAUAGCCCGAUAUAAUUGUUAAACUUUCGCAUUUAUUUAAAUUAAUUUGUUUAAUUAGCUGGUUAGUUUCGAAUUGUUACACUUAAAACAUAAUAGAAUAACUACAUUUCUUUUUAAUGUUACAACUAUUGUUUAGUUUUCUUUAU